AUGUCUGAUGAUAAUUUACUUAAAACAGAUCAUAAAAUACGACCAAAAAGUGUGGGUAGCAAAGAAAGUGAGCCCGACAGAACAGAUCUAAAAACUAGUACAAAUAAAAUCAAAGAUGUAAAAAAAGGGAAAAGCGAAGAUGAAGAUAUGAGAGUUUCUAUAGAUAACCUCCAUAAGGAACCUCCGAAAUCAAAGAAAAGAGAUAAAAGUAGUGACAUAGAAGAUCAGGAUCAGAAUAAAAAACGUCUGAGAGAAAGAGAUCUUAGAAGCCAAGAUAAACACACCGAAGGAAAAAUAUUUUAUACAAGUAAAACAAAAGAUGGAUUAUUAGACAAUGAAAUAUAUAAAUAUGGUGUAGAGGAAGAACAAACUUCAAAUGGAAUUGAAAAAAAAAAGACUAUAAAAAAGGAAACAGAAACUUCUAGGAGAAUAGGUGAAGCUGACAGGGAUGCAACAAAAAUGAAAGAUGACUAUGGUCAAGAAUAUCGAACAGGAAAAAAAAGAAGUAGAGUAGGAUUGGACAAAAAAAAUUUGAAGAAGGAUAAUGUAACUAUUGAAAAUAAGACAAAGACACAAAAAAUACCUCUCAGUACAGAAGAGCUGAUAAAAAAAGGAGAAGAACAACCAAGGAAAGUGAAAAUGAGAGAUGAUGUCAGAGGUAAAUCGGAAGACCUGCAGGAAACAACAGAAACAAGAAAGAAAAUAUUAGAAAAUCAAAGAAUAGCUUCUGAUAAAAAGGAACUCUUGGAACAAAAACUUAAAACAGAACAAGUUCCAUCAGACAAAGAUGUAGUUAUAGAUCAAAGAGACAAAUCUUUAUCAAAAAAAGACAUGUUUGGCUAUAAAAGAAUGCCCCAAGGGCAAGAAAACGAAGAGAAGUCACUAAAGGAAAAAGUCAAAGCAGAACAAGUUCCAAGAGACAAAUAUUUAGUUGAUAAAGGUGUGACUAAAGAUCAUAGAGACAAAGGGGACUUGAAAAUGAUUCAAGAUAAAAUAUUUCAGGGAGAAAAAGAGAAACGUUCAGAUGAUGAAUUCAGAAUCAAUGAUACCAACAAAAAGGCAAUAAAGAAAAAAGUAGUUGAUGAUAGAGGAAUGAAAUGUACAACAGAAAAGGUAUUGGAAGAGAAACAGAAACAGGUUCAUGAAAUUGGAAUAAUCACUGGUGUAAAGGAUAGGUCAGAAGAACAAACUUUAACUGGUAAUAAUACAGAAGCGCCAAAAGUAAAAGGAGUAGAUGUAAAUUAUCACAUGGAACAAGCAAGAAAAAGUAAAAUAAGAGAUGAUGCUAAAGAUAAAUCAGAAGACCUGGAGGAAACAGCAGAAAGAAGAAAGAAAAUAUUAGAAAAUCAAAGAAUAACUUCUGUGGAAAAGAAUAUACUGGGGAAAAAACGUAAAACAGAACAAGUUCAAGCAGACAGAGAUGUUGCUGUAGAUCAAAGGGACAAAGUUGAAUCAAAAAUGGAAAUGUUUGGGAACCAAAGAAUUCCUCGACAAGAAGAGAAAGCAGAGAAGCAUCCAAAGGAAAAAUUUAAAGCCGAACAGCUUCAAAGAGACAAACAUUUAGUUGAUAAAGGUGUGAAUAAAGAUCAAAGAGACAAAGAGGACUUGAAAAUGAUUGUAGAUAAACGACCUCUUCAAGAAAAAGAGAAACGUUUGGAUGAGGAAUUCAAGACCAAUGAUACAAACAAAGGGGCAAUGAAGAAAACAGUACUUGAAGAUAGGGGAAUAAAAUCUAUGGGGAAAAAGUUGUUGGAAGAGAAACCUGAACAGGUCCAUAAAAUUGAAAUAAUCACUGGAGAAAAGAAUGUUGCUGAAGAACAAACUUUAACUGGUUAUAAAGAAAAAAAGGGGAGAAGGAAAAGUAGAAUAGGGUUAGAAGAAAAAAAUUUGAAGAAAGAUAGAAUAACAAUAGGAGAUAAGGCAAAGGCAGAGAAAACACCUUUCAGUACAGAAGUGCCGAUAAAAAAAGGAGUAGAUGUAAAGUAUCACAUGGAACUAGCCAAAAAAGAGAAAAUAAAAGAUAGAGCUGGAGAGAAGUCAGGAGGACCUCAAGAAACGGAAAUAACAAAAAAGAAAAUAAUAGACACUAAUGGAACAACUCCAGUAGAAAAGAAGCUGAUUAAUAAAAAAUAUGAAACAGUUCAAGAUAAAGAUGUAACUAUAGAUUCUGGAGACAAUUCUAAAUCAAAAAUGGAAAUGUUCAGCUAUAAGAGAAUACCUCUAGAAGAAGAUAAAGAAGAAGGGCCACUAAAGGAAAAGCUCCAAGCAAAACAAGUUCAAAGAGACAAAGAUUUAGUUGAUAAAAGUAAGACUAAAGACGAAAGAGGCAGAGAGGAUGCGGAAGCUACAAAAAAGAAAAUAUUAGACACUAAUAGAACAACUUCAGCAGAAAAGAAGCUAAUGAAUAAAAAAUAUGAAACAGAUAAAGAUGUAACUGUAGAUGCAGGAGAUAAAGCUAAAUCAAAAAUAAAAAAGUUUAGCUAUAAGAGAAUACCUCAAGGGACAGAGCAAGAAGAGGAGCCACUAAAGGAUAAAUUGAUCGGGGAUGAAAGAUUCCAACAAGAAAAUGAUAAGAGUAUUGAUGAAGAAUCCAGAACCAAUGAUGCCAACAAAGAAGUAAUAAAGAAGAAGGAAGUCGAUGAUAGGAGAAUCAAAUCUGCAGAAGAAAAUGUGCUGGAUUAUAAACAUGUCACUAAAAAGGAUAUAAUUACUGGAGAAAAAGAGGUGCCUGAACAAUAUAAAGAAAGUAGAAAAACGGCUGGUGAUCCAGCUUCAAUGCUAAAAGUGGGAAAAGGUCUUGGAAAAGAGCAUUUAGCUGAACAGGCUAAAAAGGAACAACUUCUAUUUGACCAACAGACAAAAUAUAAUGGACAAAUAGAUCGAGAAAAGAAAGCAUUACAACAAAAUAUACUUGAAGAUAAAGACUUGAGUCCAUUAGAGAAGAAUAUCUUCAAAGGAAAGUUUAGAGAAAACCAAGACCAAAUAAGGACUGAUGGCAAAAAAUUAAUAUCUAAAGAUCAAGAAGUGUUGAAUGAUAAAUUGAGAAAAGAUAAGAAUAGAAAAGAACGGUUGGAGAAAAUAGUUUUGGGAGAAGAAGCAAUAACAUCAACAGAAAAGAAAGUAAUAGACAAUGCUCGAGAAGACCUAAUGCUGGAUGUCAGAGAACAAAGAGAUAAAGAUGGGCUGAAGAGAAAAUUGAUUGGUGAUAGAAUUCAAUCACCUCGGGAAGAAAAGAUGUUGGGGAAAGCUGAAAAUGAAAAAUUCAGGAAACAGUUGGUUGAAGCUGAAGAGCCACUUAUGUCGGCACAAAAAGUGGCCUUGAAACAACGAACACUUGGGGAUGAAGAACUUACCAAUACUAAAAGAGAAAGUGAUGAAUUGAAACAGAAAAUUUUUGGAGGGAAAGAAAAGAUUUCGGAGAAAGUAAAAAAUUCAGAAGAGAUGUAUCAAGCCAAGUGGCCACAAAAAGCUAAAUUAGUUGUAGAUGAAAUUUUGGAAAAUGAUAAAGAUUUGAAACAGAAAAUUUUUGAUGACAAGAAAUUCAUACUUGAAGAAGGGAAAACGAUAGAAGAUAAAUCAAAAGCAAAAAAAGUUAUGAAAUUGCCAACUUCAGAACAGAUAUUACAUGGAUCAGAUAAACUUUCAAAAGAUGAACCGAAAAUAACAAUAUUGAACGAUAGAAAACUAAUAGCAAAAGAAGAGCAGAUGUUGGAUGAACAACUGGAAAAGGAAAAUGCUGUAAAACUGAGAAGUUUUGGAGAGAAAAAGAGUUUAAGAAAAUACGAGGAAAAAAGGGAGGACAUAAAAAAGUCUUUAAAUGACUAUAAACAAUUAAUACCAAAUGAAGAAAUGGAAAAAACAUUGAUAUUUGGUGAAAAAAAAUGCCCCUAUCUGAGGAAAAAAUGUUGA